AUGAAGUCUAGAUUUGCCCACCUCAAAAUAGAUGCCUACCAAUCAAGGCAUAGAAUGAGAAAAGAUUCAAGCAAGUUUAGUUCAUGCCUUACUCUAAUUCAAUCAGAUAUGAGUGAUUAGGAAAUAAGAAUUCAUCAAUACUUAGACUAAUUGAAUAUAUAUUAGCAAGAGAUUAAGGAAGCUUUACAUGACUAAUCUUUAGGAAGUUUUGACUCUCCAAAGCUAGCCCAUGAAUUUCACAAGCGCUACACAAUUAAUAGAAGAAGUUAUGCAUAGUCUGGACAUAAAUCUUCUUUUCAUGAAAAAAUAGAGAAGAUUGGGUAUGAAUCAUGUGAAGAAGGGGGUUCAUUGAGUGAAUAACCCAAUACCCCUGAUCUCUUGGCCAUUGAUAUGAAUGAUCAUCCAUAGAGUGAGUAUAAAUUCAAGAGGGGAGCCAAAAAAAGUUAAUUCUAUCUAAAUCAAGAUGAUAUUUAAGAUGAAAAUGACAAUAAUCAAACUUAGGCAGAGUGA